UUUACUUCUGCUCAACAGAACAUCUUUUAAGAUACGAUCCAUCCAUUGAUUGAUCCUCUGUUUCUUUGUUUGUAACCAACUACAAGCAAUUCCCGAAACUCAAAAUGGCCGAUUCGCUGACCGAAGAACAAGUCUCCGAGUUCAAGGAGGCCUUCUCCCUCUUUGACAAGGAUGGCGAUGGUCAAAUCACCACAAAGGAGCUCGGCACCGUCAUGCGAUCCCUCGGCCAGAACCCUUCCGAGUCUGAGUUGCAAGAUAUGAUCAACGAGGUGGAUGCUGACAACAACGGCACCAUUGACUUCCCUGAGUUCUUAACAAUGAUGGCCCGCAAGAUGAAGGACACUGACUCCGAGGAGGAGAUCCGAGAAGCCUUCAAGGUCUUCGACCGCGACAACAACGGCUUCAUCUCCGCUGCUGAGCUGCGUCAUGUCAUGACCUCUAUUGGCGAGAAAUUGACUGACGACGAAGUCGAUGAGAUGAUCCGUGAGGCUGACCAGGACGGCGAUGGGCGUAUCGACUACAACGAGUUCGUCCAACUGAUGAUGCAGAAGUAAAUGUGCCGGGACCUACUCGUUUCGUGUCUCUUUCGCCAAUACCCAAUCUCACGCCGCUACGAAGCAUACACGUUUCUUACUCUGUUGGUGGGGGGCUGACCCAGAGGGCAUGGUUGAUUCAGCCCGUCUGGGUCAUUCGGUUCACGGAUAUACAGAUUUGGGGGAUUGUUGGGUAAUGA